AUAUACAAAUAAAAAAUUACACUAAUAAUAUUUGUAGAUAAAAUUACACUAAUUUAUUAAUUUAAUUUAUAAAUUAUUACAUAAUUAAUUAGUAGUGUGCUAUGAUUAAUUAUUUAUAUUUACUAAAUGAAAAAUGAAUAUAGCUUGUUUACAAUAGUUUUGUAAAUUAUUAAAAUAACAUUAUUAGCCUGUCUAAUGAAAUAUAUUGAAAAAAACACAGAAGCUUCUUCUAAUGAUAAUCCAAAUCACGAUUCUGUUAAAUUAGCAAUUUGUUUCGUAUUCUGUCUUCACAUUCACAGUAAUCUAUUGUGAGUAUGGAGUUUUAUUCUAUGUGAUUAUAAUAUAUUCCAUGUAUAAUUUUGCAAAUUUACUGAACGUUGUGAAUUGUUUUCGUUGAUAUAUACAGGCAGUUAUUUAAAUUCGAAAUGAACUGUAGUGAAAAUUUGAAAGAUCCUGUAAAUCAACAACUACUAGCAGAUAUCGCCGAAGGAGAUUCUUUAAAUGAAGAUGUUAAAAUAAAAGUUGAAUUAAAAUUAGAAGAAUGUGAUUUUGAAAACAAUUAUACACCAGAGCCUAUAUUAAACCAGUCUAUUUCUGAGGAUGGGGAUAUUAAAAUAGAAAUAGAAAACCAUAUACUAAAACAUGAAAUUAGUUAUCCACUGGAUAUUGUUCAGCAAGAUCUUAAAGAUGAUAUAAAGAAAGAAGUAGAGGUUUGGGAUUUACCACUAAAUCAGAAAGACCAAGAGAGUCUAAAGAAACCGAAUAAAUUGGAAAUUAUAGAAACAGUACCUGAAUGUUCAAGUAAUGAAGAACGCGAAGUGAGUUGGCACGCUGAAGAAAAAUCCUACCAAUGUGAAAUUUGUUCAAAAGCUUUCUCUCGCGAGAAUGAUUUAAAUAGUCAUGCGCGACUGCACACCGAUGAAAACCUUUACAAAUGUGAAAUUUGUAAGAAGCAAUUUAGUCAAGCACGUGGACUGAAACUUCAUUUGAGAACUCACAAGGGAGAAAAUCCGUUUGUAUGUAAAAUUUGUUCCAAACCCUUCUCUCUCAAAUGUAAUUUAAAUACACAUAUGCGACUGCAUACUGGAAAAAGAUCGUACAAAUGUCAAGUUUGUUUUAAGGCAUUUACUCAUCCAGCUAAUUUGAAAAUUCAUUUGAGAAUUCACACGGGAGAACAACCUUUUUUGUGUAAUAUUUGUUUUAAACCGUUCUCCUUUAAGGGUAGUUUAAGCAGACAUAUGCACCUCCAUACUGCGAAACCUUUCUUAUGUAAGAUUUGUUCUAAGUCCUUUUCUCGUAAACGUUAUCUGGAUGUACAUGUACGACAACAUACUAGGGCCCCAAAAAAACCUAACAAAUGUGAAAUUUGUUUUAAACAAUUUCCCUAUGCAAGUGUUUUGAAAACCCAUUUGGGAAAACAUACAGGAGAAAAACCUUUUAAAUGUAAGAUUUGUCUUAAACAAUUCACACGAGCUUAUAUUUUGAAACUCCAUUUAAGGAGGCAUAUGGUUAAAUACCCGUUUGAAUGUAAGGUUUGUCUUAAACCGUUCCCUUCCAAAGGUUAUUUGAAUACACACAUGCGACUGCAUACUGGAGAAGGUCUCUACAAUUGUGAAAUUUGUUUGAAGCAAUUUACCUACGCCAGUAUUUUGAAACUCCAUUUGCGAACACACACGGGAGAAAAACCUUUCUUAUGUAACAUUUGUUCCAAACAGUUCUCUGUCAAAUAUAAUUUGACUAAACAUAUGCUAGUGCAUACUGGAAAAAAGUCAUUCAAAUGUGAACUUUGUUUUAAGCAAUUCAAUCAAGCAUAUACUCUAAAAAACCAUCUCAGGUUGCACACCGGAGAAAAACCUUUUGUAUGCAAGAUUUGUCACAAACAGUUCUCUUCCAGACCUUAUCUCAACACACAUAUACGACUACAUACUGGGGAAGGUCUAUACAAUUGUGAAAUUUGUUUAAAGCAGCUUAGCCGCAAAAGUGCUUUGAAAAUCCAUUUGAAAACACAUACGGGCGAAAAACCUUUCUCAUGUAACAUUUGUUCUAAAUCAUUCCUCCAAAAAUCUUAUUUAAGUACACAUAUGCAAGUGCACUCUGAAAAAAUACCUUACCAAUGUGCAAGUUGUUCAAAACAAUUUACCCGUAAAAAUACUUUAAAAAUCCAUUUGAAAACACACACGGGCGAAAAACCUUUCUCAUGUAACAUUUGUUCUAAAUCAUUCUUCCAAAAAUGUAAUUUAAGUACACAUAUGCAAGUGCACUUUGAAAAAAUACCUUACCAAUGUGCAAUUUGUUCAAAACAAUUUCCCCGUAAAAAUACUUUAAAAAUCCAUUUGAAAACACACACGGCAGAAAACCGUUUCGUAUGUAACGUUUGUUCUAAAUCGUUCCCUCAAAAAUCUCGUUUAUAUAGGCAUAUGCAAGUGCACACAGAGGAAACAUCUUACAAAUGUGAGAUUUGUUUAAAACAAUUUAAGCGUAAAAGAGCUUUGAAAAUCCAUUUGAAAACACACACAGAAGAAAAAUCUUUUAUAUGAAGAGGUUGGAGCAGAAAGGGUAUAAGUACGUCCAAGUUCAUCAUCAUCAUAAUGCAACAUCUUCUGUCUACUGCUGGACAUAGGUCUUUCCCAUUUUUCGCCACUCUUCACGGUUCUGUGCUUCUUGUUACCAUUUCUUCGAUAUUCGUCUAAUGUCGUCCAUCCAGCGUGUUGGUGCUCGUCCUCUGCUGCGUUUGUCUUCUCGUGGGCGUCAGUCAAUUAGUUUUCUGGUCCAUCUUAUGUCUUUCAGUCUCGCUAUGUGACCUGCCCAAUUCCAUUUCAGCUUGGCUAUACGUUCGACGACAUCACUGAUACCUGUUCUUUUGAUCCGAGAAUUGAUCUUUCCAUGCGCCUUUGUGUCACUUGCAUUUUUAGUGCUGUUGUUUUUGUGAGCGUGAGAGUUUCUAGGGGAAGGACGUCGAAGAUGACGCACCUAAGCAAAAUACAUUUUAUUUAAGGGUAAAAAAUAUUUAAGCUAACUUUGAAUGCUACGAGCCUGUAAUUUGGACAUUUCUAUAACCAAUUUCUAGGAUUAUUUUUAAAUUCAAUAAAAGGAAGUAUUUUUUAUGCGGCUUUUUUAAAAACGCUUUUGCGCCAUCUUACCUUCCACCGAGAGAAAGAUGACGCACAGUGAUGGUGAAGAUGGCGCAUGUAGGUAUCUAUAUUAAAAGCACAAGUGAUAUGAAAAGAAAAUUUAUUUUUUAAUACUGAAAGUAAGAAAAUGUAAACAAAGCUUUUUUAACAUAUUAACAAAAGUCACAAAUGUAGUUUUCGGGACUUUUGGCUCUACUGCAUUCUUUAUGCACCCAUUGUCCACAACUUGUGCAUCUGAACCAUGUUUCCGUCUUUUUGCCGAAGUUCUGAACCAUGUUUCCGUCAGUAAUUAUAAAUAUCCAGUGAAAUAUGGCUCGAGUGAUUAUCUAAUACUAACAGCACGGGAUUAUCUGGACUAGACAGGACUUUUUUUUGGAAAUGCUUCAGCCAUAAUAAAAACAUAGACGUAUUACUCCAUCCAUUAUCCGUGCAGUUGUAAAUCGCACCGAUUGAUCCAUUUUUCUGAAGAUGUGGGCUCAUCCUCUUCCUGGGAAAUAUAAAUAAUGGAGGUAUGUAGUUACCGGAGGCACUGAACGCCAUUAUUACCGUGAUAUUCUUCCCUCGUUCCCACGAAGAAAUGAUUCCAAACUGCUUUACUCCUUUGGGUCCAAGUCUUUGACAUGAUUCUUUAGGAACCGUAGAUAUACCGGUUUCAUCAACAUUGUAAAUGCGAUCUGGCAGAAAUUUAUAUUUUUCUUGCACUGUUUCCAAAUUUUUAAAAAAGCGGUCUACUUCUAUUUCAUUGAAGGCUGUUAUUCUAUUAAUGCUUGUAGCUUCUGGCUUUCUCAAGGAAAUUUGAGGAUUUCGUUUUAUAAAUCCUAGAUACCAGUCUUUUCCAGCCAUUUGUUUAUUCUUAUUAAAAUUGUGUUUAAUUUCAUUGCGUUCUGCAUAAGCAAAUGCCAUGGUUCUCAGCUCUAUGUAAGUGAUACCAAAAAAUAAAUUGGCCAGCUUGAGAACAUGAUCUAGUAUCUCCUUUUCAUGAUGUGCCGAAAAUAAUGGGGCUCUACCAAGAGACUCUGAUUUGACUUCCUUUAAUAAAUUUUUAACCUUAAGUUUUCUCCUCAAUGUAGCUUCUGGUAUUGAAAAUACCCUUGCCACUUCCCGAAUUUUACGACCAUCUCUACAAAUUGCAUUCAAUGCUGCAUUAAGAGCUGCUGCAGAAAAUGAUCCUCUCUGUGUUUUUCGUAUAUAUUUUCCCAUUUCUAAAAAAGAAAAAGAUGCCUCAAGAUGUAAAAUAGACACUAAAUAAUAAAUAUUCUAUACUCCAUUGUUAUUUAAGGUAAUGAACUGAAAAGGCAAAGAUGACGCACUAUAACAGCAAAGAUGACGCAGUCUGCGUCAACUUAGCCUGUUCAGCAUAACCUACAAAAAAUGGUUAUCAAAAUUAUCCAUCAUCAAAUAUUUAACAGAUAAAUCCUCGCUAACUGAAAAUAAAUAUCACCUACUUACAUUUUUAAACAACUUACCAUUAAUAUUCGCAGUGUCAAAAAUAACAAGAAAUCAACGUGUAUCGCGUUACCCUGCCUCACAGAUACUAAACAGUACGAAAGCUGACCGAUGAAGUUUUUAAAGUAAUAGUAGUUUCUAAAGGAGGGCGCCACGGGUAUAAAAACUGAAUUUAGUGAAGUACUUGAUAAAAUACAGAGGUGCGUCAUCUUAGACGCUGCGUCAUCUUCCCCGUCAUUCCCCUACUACGUGCAUCAUAAUAGGAAGAACACAUGGGUCAAAUGUCUUCCGUUUCAUAGCUAUCGGGAUGUUGCUCUUACUCUUAAAGAUGUCUCUUAGAGAACCAUACGCUGCCCAAGCAAGUGUUAUUCGUCGUUGAAAUUCGCAGGUCUGGUUGUCCUUGCCUAUUCUGAUUUCAUGACCAAGAUAUAUGUACUUUUCUGUUAAUUCUACCACUUGAUUUUGGAUGAUUAGGUGUUUCGCUGGGAACUAAAUUUGUCAUAAAUUUGGUCUUACUGAUGUUGAUUUUUAGACCUAUUGUUGAAGAUACGUUUUCUAAUUCUUGUAGCAUUUGUUGUGCUUCACCCAGAUCUUCGGUAUUAAGUACUAUAACGUCGGCAAAACGGACUGUCGGUAAAAGAUGAUUUUUCCGGAUUUAGGUGAGAGAGUGUCUGGCUUGAUAUGUAUUUCUCUGGUGGUAUUAUGUAGUUUUACACGCGUUGUGGCGUUUUGGUAUAAUGUUUGUAUUAACUUUGUAAGCCGGUAAUCUAUUCUACUAUUGUUCAGAGCAGUUAUAAUGCUGUCUAAUUCCACAGUGUCGAAGGCUCUGUUUUUACUGUUUGUAGGUGAUCGUUUAUUUCGAAUUUUGAGCGGAAGUCAGCUUGUUCUCGGGGCUGGUAGAAAUCUAACUUUUUCUCUAGUCUUGUCGUAAUUAUUCGGGUAAACAUUUUAUAGAUGUGGUUCAAUAAGCUGGUUAGUCUAUAGUUUUCUAGGUGCGCCUUGUCUCCUUUCUUGUGUAGUAACAUUGUUACUGCAUUGUUAUAUGUUUUUGGUAUGCAACAAUCUCUUAGACAAAGGUUAAACAACAUUUUUAUUUGGUUGAGAAGGGAACGUCCGCCCAUCUUUAUAGCUUCUAUUACGACUCCAUCUUCUCCUGGCGCUUUGUUGUUUUUCAUCUUUAUCAUUGCGUCCUGGAUUUCGCUUAGUGUGAUCUAUGGCAUGAGCUCUGAACCCUGGUUGAUAAUUUUGCGUGAUGCGGCGGCACUUUUCCUGAAAAACGAACAUUAUACCGAAUGGCAAAAGAAGGGAUAGAGAGAAAUGAUGAGAAGGAACAGGAAUCCGCGAGCGAUAACGAAAAUUUUAAAGAUGAUAAUUCCGACGUCGCUUGCUUGUAUUGGAAUGGCGUGUAUUCCCUCUUAAGUCGAAAUAAUGCUGGAUUUAAUGUCAGGAGUGCCAAUCCUGGUGUCAAUCUGAAUGCGCUGGGGUCGAUAAAAAAUGUAAGAUAUUUUAUUGUGAUUUAUGUUCUUAAUUGUUUUAAUGCGUGUUACUUUUUUAUUUGUUGUAUUAUUGUUCUCUUUGAAUAAAAUGCGAAAAUUCCACU